UCCUGCUGUGGCUUGAGGGAAACAUAUCGACGUUGAGCCACGGGAGAAACGCACUUUGCGGCCUGUGGAAGCCCCCUCCCCGAGCGAUGGCCUCACCAGUCUCCGUCUACUCCAACUCCAACGCCUUGGACACACACAUCUCCAGCACCUCCAGAGAGUCUCUGAAGAUGGAGUUGUUAGCUGAUGUGUCUCUGCUGCCAGGGGAGGAAAGAAUUAUAGAUAAAGAAAUCAUCUACGUGUGUCCAUACAAUGGUCCUGUGAAAGGCAAAGUGUUGAUCACCAACUACAGACUCUACUUCAAGAGCUCAGACGCUGAUGUGGCGGUGACGCUGGACGUUCCUUUGGGUGCCAUCAGUCGAGUGGAGAAGAUGGGUGGGGCGUCAAGCAGAGGAGAAAACUCCUACGGCCUGGAAAUCACCUGCAAGGACAUGAGGAACUUGAAGUUUGCCUUGAAGCAGGAAGGUCACAGCAGAAGAGAUAUUUUCGAGCUUGUCUUCAAAUACGCCUUCCCCCUCUCACAUGGUCUGCCACUGUUUGCAUACGUGACUCAGGAGAAGUACGGUGAAAAUGGCUGGGACAUCUACAAACCCAUAGAGGAGUUCAGACGGCAGGGCUUACCUAAUAACAAGUGGCGUAUUACUUUCAUCAAUAAGAACUAUGAGCUGUGUGACACCUACCCCACUGUGUUGGCUGUACCCUAUAAAAGUAAAGAGGAGGAUCUCAGGAGAGUGGCUGCCUUCAGGUCAAGAUCACGCAUACCGGUUCUGUCAUGGAUCCACAGGGAGAACCAGGCAGUGAUCGUCCGCUGCAGCCAGCCUCUGGUCGGUAUGUCCGGUAAAAGAAACAAGGACGACGAGCGCUACCUGGACAUGAUCAGGGAGGCAAACGACACCACCAAACUCACCAUAUAUGAUGCUCGGCCCAGCGUCAACGCUGUGGCCAACAAGGCCACAGGAGGAGGCUAUGAGGGUGAUGAGUACCAAAACGCAGAGCUCGUCUUCCUGGACAUCCAGAAUAUCCAUGUGAUGAGGGAAUCCCUGAAGAAACUCAAAGACAUCGUCUACCCCAAUGUGGAGGAAUCUCAUUGGCUGUCCAGUCUAGAGUCGACACACUGGCUAGAACAUGUUAAGCUGGUGUUGUCAGGAGCCAUCCAAGUAGCAGACAAGGUUUCCAGUGGGAACUCUGUGGUGGUUCACUGCAGUGACGGCUGGGACCGGACUGCUCAGCUCACCUCUCUGGCCAUGCUGAUGCUGGACAGUCACUUCAGGACUCUGAGAGGAUUCCAGGUGCUGAUUGAAAAGGAAUGGAUCAGUUUUGGGCACAAGUUUGCCUCAAGGAUAGGUCACGGUGACAAGAACCAUGCAGAUCAGGACAGAUCACCCAUAUUUGUUCAGUUCAUUGACUGUGUAUGGCAGAUGACCAAACAGUUUCCUACAGCCUUCGAGUUUAAUGAGCGCCUCCUGCUGACAAUCCUGGAUCAUCUCUACAGCUGUUGCUUCGGGACCUUCCUCUACAACUGUGAGAGUGUACGAGACCAGCAAGAAGUGAGGUCGAAGACGGUCUCUCUGUGGUCUCUGGUCAACAGCAAGAUGGAAAUGUAUCUAAACCCCUUCUACACCCCGGAGUCUGGCAGGGUCCUCUACCCUGUCGCCAGCAUGCGCCACCUGGAGCUGUGGGUAACAUACUACAUCCGCUGGAACCCACGUAUACGACAACAGCAGCAGAGUCCGGUGGAGCAGCGCUACAAGGAGCUGUUGGCCCUCAGAGACGAGUACUUGAAGAAGCUGGAGGAGCUGCAGCUGUCUGACUCCUCCCCUUCCUCCCGUCUGGCUAACAUCCCCACCCCCAACACCUCCUCCUCCACCUCCUCCACACCGCCACAGCAAUACACACACCUACAAACUCCCCUCUGAGAGCUGGUGACACACACACACACACUCUCAGAUAUACUUGUUGACUUGCACUUAUGUCCUCUUCACUCUGAUUUGUGUCAGUGUCUCACAUACGCAGGGAAUGAAUUAGUAUUGUGCAGUCCUAACUGUUGAUAACAAAGAAUGCUAAUAAGAUUUAGAUUUCAUGGGUAAUUCUAACACCAUAGUGGUGAUGAUGGUGAUUUAUGCAAUAUGUCACAGUACAGCCUUGUCACAAGACUUUUCUACACACACACUCACCAUACAGGGAAGCCUUAAAGACAUUCAGUGGCUUUCGGUCCAAGGGCUUGAACACACAGGACACACAGUGGGUGUGUAGAGGCGUUCACACAGGCAGCAGAGUGAUGUCCUGUGAUUUCUCUCUACGCCAUACAUACUAGGAAAACUGUUGGGCUUUUUUCUCUUUAGUCAGAUCAACACAGAACUUCCAUUGUUUUUGCUAAGCUAAGCUAACCGCCACGGACGUUUCUCUGAGUUUUAAAGUUCGUUUUCACAGAACAACCUGAGAAGCAAGUGAGAAAACGUUUUUUGUCCCAUUUAACUCCCCCGCCUCAUUUUUCAAUGCAAUAUAUAAUAUGUAAGUCAUGCUCCUCUAUGGAAGCAGCAUGACUAAAAGUGCGAAGAACUCACAAAUGUCUUUUGUGCAGAAUAACAAUUCUAAUGCAAUAGAUCAUGCACAAAAAUGAUACAAAUGCAUGUUAAAAUUUCUUUGAUUUAUCUUUCAAAAUUGGAAUAAAAUCAACAUUUUUUCCAAGGGCUCCACAUGCUAUACAUGUUGAAUUAUUUAGAUUUACAAUCUGUAGUACCUGUCUUGUCCUCUCCUCUCUGCUCUGUGUAAACAGCCUACAGUUAAUUUGUGGUUUUGCUAAAUCCUUGUCAUGUGACUGUGGCUAUCAGCAGAAUUUAAAGUUUUUUUAAAGGAUCUGGGUAGUGCAGAUGCUUUGAUUUUGGCCAAAUUUUAAACCAGACAUGUAGGAUAAAGUGAUUUUGAGGAAGUAUCAGUAUUUUUAGCUGUGAUUUGGUUACUUUUUUGACAGACGGAUUCAACACACACACCCUUCAAAGGAUGUCGAAAAGUAAAAAAUCUGACAAUAAUACCUGUGAUCAGUUGAACAUUUGUUUAGGGAAAAUGAACCUGACAAAACCAUUUUCACCUGUUCUUAAGUCAAAAACACAGGAGAGGAAAAGUCACAAUCAGAAAAUAAAUAAGCAGAUCUUUUUUCUCCCUUGCCUCUCAGGGCUUCUCUUUGUUUUUGACCUUUAAAUUAGCUUCUUUAUGGGCAUUCUGCAGCUGAAAACAAACUCUACUCACUGAAAAAAGAUCCUGAGAUGCGGUUAAAUCUUUCACCAAACUACAUAGGAAUGGAUGUCAAAGAGAGAAAACCCAACGGUUGUCCAGUCAUGAGAAAAACAUUUGAACAGCUCGGUGACACUUGUGUGCUCCUGCGUCUGUGUCCAGCCUCACAAGCACUGGUGUCCUGUGUGAACAAAGCAAAAUGCUAAUCAAGAUGUACAAUUCUCACGUCUCACACUUCUUCCUACUUGCUGCACUGCUACUGAGUGUUGCCCUGUCUCUUGGAGGAACCGAUUAGAACUGCUGCAGAGCUCAUGCAGCGGAGCUGGAGGCCGCAGUGAACUUUAACUGUACGUCUCCAGCUAAGUGUAUAUAUCAAGUGUGUCAGAUUUGGAUGGAUUGAUGUGGAAUUUGUUGCUUAUUGCCUGAGGAUGAAAGCUUGAGUCUCAAUCACGUGUGUUUUGCCACUGCUAUCAGCGAAGCAGUAUUUUUCCAGCACUUCCUAAGCUACGGCACUGAGAGUUUGGUUCAAAGUCAUUUACUUUUUCUGAAUGCAGCUUUGAUAGGGUUUGAAAUAUAUUUCAGGUGCUCAAGAUAGUCUAGGGAUAUGAAGUGGUGCUGGCCUCUGAUCCUGGAUCACCUUUUGUGCUUCUAUGUUCUCACUAAUCACAGACCCAGGAUGGAAAAACCAGCCCAGGUCCAUGAUGGCCUUACCAUGCCAAGAUGUUUUCAACCAGCACCUGGUUUUAGGGACAGUGAGCAGAAAUAAACCUGUAAGCUCUCACUUCCCCUUUAAAACACUUUUUUGUAAAACUGACUAUUUCUAGAAAGUCUGUCCACCCCCACUGAAAAGUCCCAUGUGGUCUCAUAGCAUAUGUGCCUUUUGGACAGGUGUUGGUUUAUUAUGUGAGAGCUUUUCUCCCACGUUUUAAUUGGAUAUCCGGUGGGUGAGGUUUUAGAUAAGAAAUAUAAUGGUUUAGUUAAUGAAUAACACGUUUCUUAUCUGUUUCCGGGGAAAACAUUAAAAAAGGUAAAGUUGUAAAAUUAGGGAAAUUAUUCUUGUUUUCAUGUGGAAAGAAGCUGUUGGCAAAUAAAAAUGUCAUUUUCACGUGAGAAAUUCUAUGGAAGAUCAUGUCCGUCAGGGGGGGGAAAAAUGAUCAAUUGCAUCUCAUAAUUCUGAUUAGAAAACUUUAAAAUGAAUCUUAGUAAACUAAUCUAGCUUUAAAAGUGAGAGCUUUUUGACUUAAGGUUAGACAAAUAAUUGAUAAAAGUGAAAAUAAUGACUUCUCAUUAUUACGACUUAAUGUAGUAAUCUUGAAGAUUUUUAUUCAAAGCCCCAUUCCACUCAAAAAUGUGGGUUUUUUUUCUUAAGUUUAUGUCCCAUAAUGUGCAGUCAAGAUAAACAAAGAAAACGGAGAACGCACUGCUCUUUCAUCGGUCAACCUAAUUUACAAGCAGUGGUGGUGGGCGGGGCUUAUCUUCCCAGUGUAGGUUCAAACAUUUAUGGCUGAUUCGCUUUGAUGUUUCCGCUAACGAACAAAGUAAACCAGACACCAUAACUGCCGAUUGUGCACCACCAUAUAGAUAUGCACCACUCUCUUUUCACUGGGGGAGGUCAACCUAGCUUGAUGCAGCACUGCUUUGCACACUGCAGUCAACCUAGCUUUCUAGCAGUGGUGGGCUGGACAAGAGCAUCUUUUGGGCUUGAUUCAGAAUUUUGUUUCCAGCCCCUUUUGACAGUAUUUCCUUUGCUUUUUAUGUGAUGAAAACCUUGUUAAAUUCAAUAUUAAUCAUAGCAGAGUAUUUUUUACAUUCUUUAAAAUGUGUCUAUAGGGAGACGGUAUUUAUCGCUAAAUGAGGUAACGAUGAUGACUGAGCCGAGAGCCCACUGAUGAAAGUCCUUUGCAUUUAAAGUAUUACGAACUGGGUGUCUGUGGUGACAUUUCCCAGGAAAAUCACAAGCUACACAAAGUUAAUGACUGUUUUUUGUAUUGCCCAGCAGUGGUUGUUGUAUCAGCUGGAGUAGGCAUACUUUUUCUUUCCAGUCUGGUGGUCACAACAAAGAUGACUACAGAUGAUGAAACUUCAAAAACAAAUCAAAGUAAAAUUAAGAUUUCCAAAAACACGCCUGCAAUUACCUUUAGCGCCUUCAGGGGCCACCAAAGACAACAAAACUGAGGUCUUAAAGAUUGUAACUUCAGUAUCUCAUCAUUUUGACCUAACAUGCAACUGGGUUUCCAUUAAAUUCACCAAUAACAACACAUGAAAACCAACCUGUCCAAAAUGCACUUGCUUUAGUAGUUGUCUCUUUGGGCUUUGGUGCUGUCAUGGAGCUGGUAUCUACAGAGCAGUGUGCAGAGUCAAACUCAGGACAUCACAUGGUCAACAGUGUGUGUGUUGUGCGUGUGUGUAUGCGCAUGUGGUUAAAGGGAUGUUGGAAUCGAAUUGCCUAUUAUGAGAAUUUUGCUGCUAACUCCAAGGGCUCCUAUUUUGGUUAGUUUGAAAAGAGUUGACCCAACUUUGGACAGAAAAAUGUGUCUAAUACGUAUACUGUUAUUCAGUCAGUCAAUAUGAUUAUGAGACUGUGUCUUACAAUCAUUCUUGAGUUUAAGUUCUCUUCCACCAUAUUUGUUCUCAGUCUGAUAGUCCUCGGUAUGUGGCACUUUUCAACCUGGGCCACUUAAUAAAUAACUGGGGCUCGAUUUAUGGAGUACUGUAAGUUGAGGAUUUGAGUGUGAUACUUUCUGUUGCCAGCACAUAAUCCCGCAGAGAGAAAUCUAAUAACUUCUGUUAUUUGGCAAACCCAAUAGUAGGAUCCAUCACUGAAUAAAAGAAUAACACCAAUGGAUGGCUAUUAAAAGGAGCUCCAGACCUGGUACUGGUUUAGCUCAAUCACUGCACCAGUCCUGUGCUGGUCUGGCUCCAUACCCAAGGGAUGCUGCUCCCAAAUUUUGUUCAAACUCAUACAGGGUAGAUACACCUGGAAGUCUACUUGGACCACCACUGUAGAUCAUGUCUAUAGGACACUAUAUUUGUAACAUUUCAUAAAAACCUCCUUCACAAAUGAAUAUUGUGCUACAAUACCCCAGAAGUUGUAGGGUAUUGGCGGUCUGUCUGAAUGGGUCAAGGAAUGUCAACCGAUCUUUCUCCUGACCUGCGUUGAACACGGGUCGGAGGCUGGUGAUUGGAUGUUUUAUUACCAAAAUGCUCUUUGGGGGCUGGAAUUCUGUCUACAUAACAAAGAAUGGGAGUUAACUUCUGGAACCAUUUUUACCCAAAUGAGUUCCUCCCUCUUUACUUCUAUAAAGCAUCCUUAAAUACCUGAAAAUAACCAGCCAUCCUGGGAAAGACUCCCAAGUGUGUUCAACUCAUUGGGUUUCCAGCAAGUGUGAAGCAACAAUGCAUUGGCACGGUGCAUAGUAUGUACAAUAUGACCGUUUCAAUUGUGAAUGAGGUGCAAUAAGUCAUUUUGCAAAGUGUGUCAGGUCAUGUCCAGAUUUGUGCCUUGAUUCUUGUGUGAAUCGCCUUCACCUCUUCAGAGAAACAUACUCUAGCUAUCCUGGGUCAUGUUUGAGAUUGGCUGCUCUGCAGUUCAGGGCUCCAAAGGAAGGAAGCCUUGUAUCCUCUGAUUUGGGAGGAUCCCAUGCUGUUGUUUAUGGGUCUGUGCCAGUUUAAAGUGGGAGGAAGUGGGCGGUCACUGCAGGCAAUCCACAAAUAACUGCAGAGUGCAGAGGGAAGUUUACCAGGUUACCUUUUCCCAUGUUAAAGGAAGCCUCUGUUUGUCCACACCUAAUCUGAAUCAUGUGACCUUGUUAUAGAUCAUGCAGUAGCAAGAAAAGAAACAAAAAACAAAUGCUAGUUCAACAUUAUGGGACCCCAUUGGCCCACAGUCAGAUACGAUUAAUAACCGUUUCAUCAGGGCGUUUAGUUCAGUACAGGGUACAAAAGGUCCAAGUCAUAUUUGGGCUCGUUAGAACAGUCGCAUACUUUCCCUAGGGUUGUUGGAGGGCUUUUCACACUGCAUUUAGUCUAACCUCCCUUUUCAUGGGGCCAAGAAAACAUUCAGAAUGGCACAUUUGAAACCUUUAUUCUAAUCUAGGCUUUUAGCACAGACCUUGCGGGGAUAUCCCUUGAAAAUUCUGGGGUGAAUUAAAACCAAAGGCUAAAAGUUUAAGCUUACCCUGAUUUUAUCCCGGGGUUUGCUUGCCCUGCUACAGAUCAGGUUUAAUCUUGACUUUGUGGGGUAUUACCUAAAAAUGAUCUAAGCAGAACUGAAAGUUCUCAUUUGGAAACGGGGCUAAAGUAGACAAUGUCGUUCUAGAAAAACCCAAUUACAAACAGUCGAAGACCAUCUAACAAAAAAACAUGUUUUAUCACUCUAAAUUGGACUAAAAAUCAAAUGUUUGUGCAGAGCUGCGCAACAACUCAAGCAAGCAAAGAUCAAACAAUAGAUAUAAAGCACUGAAUCAAAUCAAGAGUAAAAGCAUCAAUUUGAGUGCACCAAAAAAAAAAAAAAUUGAAUUUUGUUUAGAUGUGUCAAAGGACAUUUAGCCCAGGACUGGUAAAAGUGCAGUGUGAAUCUGACCCAGGGUCAGCUCUUAACCCAGGGCUUAGAGUAUUCAGUGUGAAAAACCAGCCUGACCAUUCUAGGGCACACCGGAUUCUUGGUACCAGAACCUCAACAGUAAGCAUGGAGAGCAUUUGUAUGCUCGUUGUUCAAACUAGUAGUAAUUUUCUAUACAGACGAAUAUUUUAAGGAUUGGCCAGUAAAUAGGACUUCCUGCAAGUAUGUCAUAUCUCAAACAGGACUCUUUUAUAUGUCUGGGUGGGUCGGAUUAGAGAGUGCAGCCUGAUGUUCACAGAGGUGAAUUUCUACCAAAUGGAUACUUUUGAAAAGGCGUCCUCAACGAAAGGUGUGAUGUCAUUUAGGAGGUUUGUUGGUUAAAGGAAGUGACAGCAACAUUAAAGUGCGCAUCAGUCGGGUGGUUGUGUUUUUAGGGAAAAAACAGAUGAAAAUCUAUUUUUAUUAUUUUUUACUUUGUACAAGCACCAUGAUGUAAUUACCUCAAUCAAAACCUAUUUUACUGUCUAAAGUUCUAUUGUUGUAAAAUACAAUUAUUUUAUGUAGUGUAAAAUCUUACAGUUUUAUAAAAAAGGAAAGUAAUGUCGGUUCAGAAAUUGUUGGUAUAAAUUGUGGAUUUCUGCUCCAUUGGUUAAAUUUUUUCGUUUUAUUUUUGAGGGCAUUUCUUUGGUUUGUACUCGCUAACACAGGAAUAUAAGACAGAAGUUUCUGGAUACUGUUCACUUGUCACAAACCUUUUACAUCUUCCUCUCAGUCCUCUGGUGGAUCUUUAGCUUUUAGAUCCUCCCUGGCUCUGUGGUGAUGAAUCUGAGAAGUACUCUGUCACUGUUCAUUUCAAAUGUACUCUUUCAUUAACGUAGGGGGUUGUCGUUUGAGGGUUUUGUGUCAUAAUAUAGCCUGCUUUUUAAUAAAUGCACAUGAAAUGUGUUUCAGGAUCUUUUUGUCAUCUACAAGGGAAGGUGAAAUCAGAAUACAUUUCAAAUGUAUUUCUUAUAAUCAUGUUAAAUCCUCUCCACGGUUUGUUGGACGGGUCCUGUUAUGUAAAUAUUACUGAUUAAAUUAAUUUAAGGAUUUCUGA